CAAGUCGAUGUGAAUCAAAAAGACAUCGAAGGGCAUACGCCGUUGACCAGGUCAGCAGUGCAGGGUUAUGCAGAUAUCACAUCUAAGUUAUUAAAAAACAAUGCGGAUGUAAAUUAUCAGAAUAAUGAAGGCAAGACCGCGCUUAUGCUUGCGAUAGAAAAUGGCAGAUCAGACGUAAUCGAUGUGUUGCUUGGCGCGGGUUCUAAUGUGGAUGUUCAGGAUAAGAAACAAUAUACCGCGUUGUUGUAUGCCCUGCUCAUGAAUGAC